AUGGUGCCCAACCCGUUCGCCGCCCGGCUGGCCACCCGCAUCGCCAUGUCGUACGGGCCCAGCGUCAGCUACAUACUGCUCAUCCGGGUGGCCAUUCUGUUCUUCCGGCCAGACAUCGAGGACACCGGCCACCGGAUCGUGGACCGCCGGAUCACCGAGAUCAAGGACAAAUACGAUUUCGUGGUGGUCGGCGGCGGUUCUGCCGGUUCGGUACUGGCCAACCGGCUGUCCGAGAACCCCGACUGGACGGUAAGCGUCCCAAGUACAUACGCCGCACGGGACAUACAUUUUUUUUUUUUUAUCGGAAAUAUAGUUAUUUAAGUGAAAAAAACAAAUUAAAUGUAUAGAAAUCAAAUUGCGAAUUUAUUAUUGUUUUCGAUUGGAUUUUCUCGUCAAUUUAUUAGCGUUAGAGUCAAUGACUCAUCAUUUUUUUCUGUUUAAAUUCAAAUCGUCUUGUAAUCGCGUAGGACGCAAAUGGCCCGAACACUUUGGAAUGGGACCUAAUCGAAAAUUAUAUGUGUACACUUAGUACCUACUUACUCUAAGAGGACUUAAUUUGGCGGGAGGGGGAGGGGAGGUUAAAUCUAUCAAGCCUUCCUUAUUGAUUGCUAUGCCUAAUUGCUGUUUUCAGCGGAGAAAGUAAAUCCGUGUAUACUCUAAUUAUUAUUACAAUGAUAACAAGAUCAACGAGUGUCAAACAGAGAAACGCUAAUCUUGAACAAAAUUAUUAUUGUUUAACAAUAACUAAAACGGUAUAUGUGAAAUCAUCGUUCUGUUUAAAACCGCAUUAAUUUUUUUUUUUUUUUUAUCGUUAUUUGUCGAGAAAAAUAUUCAUCGGGAAAAUGUUUGUCACGUUUUACCUCUUAUUUUUCUUUACCCGUGUUAUUAUUUUUUCGUUUGAAUACAAAUACCCAGUAACCGUGUACGUAUAACGAUAUUAUAACCCGUUAUAAUCGGACCUAUCAAUUAUUUUGUUUUUGUCAUUUUGUCAAAAAAAAAAAAAAAAGUAAGAGAAAAAUUGAUUAAGAUGAAAAGAAAAAAAAAAACAUCCAUUUUCCGGUAAGCAUUACCGGAAGUACUUGACAACAUGUAUGACAACCUAUAGUCAAGAGUAAAAAUAUGUAUUAUAAUAUAGGAAAGGUGAAAAUAAUGUAAAAUUUAGUUUUUUUUUUUUUUUAUCAGAUCCUGACCGUUUUUUUUUUUGUAACUACUUAAUAUUAAUAUUCAUAUCACUCGGAUACAGCAAUAUGUUUAAUUUGCAAUAUAAUUUUAUACUCUUUAUCGAUUAUCGAUUCAAUUUGUUUUCAUUUUAUAUCCGUAUUACGACACCACAAUAAUCGAAUUAAUCGUUACGUUCGAAAACACGUGGCUUCAAAAAAAAAAAAAAUAAUAAAAAUAAAAAAUAUAUUAUCUGCUUACAAUAUUUACAUCAAAUGUGUAAAAAAAAAAAACCUUUUAUAUAAAUUUAGAUUCUGAGUAAAGUGAGGAAUGUAUUGGUUUAACAAUGAUGUUGUUUUUUUUUUUUUUUUGUACCAGAAAUCUUGCUUCAAUGUAGGAAGUGUAGCUCUUUUUAUGAAAGGCGAUUUUAUUUACUCGGUACUAUAGGGGAGUAAAUUUUUGAUUUUUCAAGCGAUUUUCAUAAUAAUUAGGAUAAAACUUAGGAAAAACGGGAAAAUUUACGAAAUGCAUUAUUUAAAUUUUUUAUUUUUGUUGUUAUACAAUUAAAAUUUUUAAAAUAUUCGUAAAGAUUUGAAAUUUUAACAAAAUCUUUUAUUUGAAUUUUCUAGACUUGGUAAAUUUUCAAACUUAUAUGAGCAUUUAAAUUUCGCAAGUUUUUUAUUUUAUUCGGUAGGUACUCUUUGGAAAAAAUUGUGUUAGACCGAACAAAAAUACUUAAAAAUUGAACAGGAUGUUCAUUGAGUUUAAGAAGCUCAAGUUCUUCUUAAUGAUCAACAAGAAAUAAUUGAGUUUAAUGUAUAAUUUUAGAUUUUCAAUGGAACCGAGAAACUUAUGGUUUUAAUUAAAUUUUUUUUUUAUCUAUGGACAACUUUUCUACCAGAGAUCUUGCUCUGAUUUACAAUGAAAGCACUUUUUUUGAAAGAAAAACUAACUAGGAAGAUACUUUAAGCAGGUAAUUUUUCGAUUUUCCCAAGAGUUGUCCAGCAAAUAUGAAAACCUAGGAUAUAUAAAACUUGAGAUUGAUUGUUGACACAUUCUUCCUGUGGUCUGAUCAACUUGAAACUCUACAUGCAUUGAUAUUUUCAAUGCCAAUACAAUUAAUAUUCAAUAUUAAUUUUAAUUAAUAAUUAGAGUUUUCGUUUUCAAAGGUCACCUUUUAUUGAAAAAAAUUUUUAUUAUUUAUUAAAAAAUUCAAAAAGUAUCUAAAUUGCCUCUUUCAACUUGUGAUUGUAUAUCUUUCAUUAUAAAAUAUAAUCCAAGAUCAGAAUUUUCGAUUUCAUCCCUUUUGUACCUUUUCACCCCAUAUGGUUUUCGGGAAAACAUUUCCUUAAUUUUAUAAUAAAUAAUCCUUAGUCAUAAUGUUAAUUUUCCUAAAGGGGUAGAAAAAGAUAUAUGACUAAAAGUGCCAUUUUUAAAUACCUACCACGCUCAUAAAACAUAAUAAAAAGUACCUAAAUAAUAAUAGAAUAUUUUCAUAAAAAUGUUUUCUCGUGUAUAUACUUAUCAUGAUAACAACGAAAUAGAAUAGAUGAUAUAGUCGGUGACAUAGCCAGAAUUUUGCAAUGUAAUAUUUACCUAAAAAAAAAAAAAAUUAAUAAUAAAUCUUAAAAACAAAUGAAAAUGCUAUAUUGCUAUAUGUAUAAAAUUUCGAUUAGAUUUCUUGUGACCUACUUUAUUUAUUACAUACCUUUAACAGCUGUAUCCUCUUAGAAAAAUUUUGAAUAAAGACAGGGAUUAUAUCAAUGUCUUAUGUUAUAUAUUUUUUUUUAUUUAUAUUAGUCAUAACUCAUGGUGAUCCCAUUCAGCUAUUAUAAACUGCGCCCAAAGUACAGGUAAACACAAAAUCAAGCAUGUAAACAGUGUCCCAAUUUUUAUCAAAUGUAAAAAGGUAACAUGUAAACUGGGUCGGAGUAAAAUCAAAAUAAAAAAAUUUACAAAAUGACUGACAGGGGAGGGGAAAAUAAACUUGCCAUAGAAUUCAAUCUUAAAUUCAAUCUAUAAAUACAAGACAUAAACGAGUUUUAUACGGAAGAUAAUAUUAUUAUUAAAAUGUUAAUGCGAUAAAGAUUAAAUACGUUCUGGAUAGUUAAAUUACAGUCGAUAGCAAAAAUAACUAUCAAUAACUACUUCAAAUAAUUGAAAAUAAAAUUAUGGGCAAUACAAGUAAAUAUCAAUUUUAUUUUUAAAAAUAUUAAAUGAGCAAAAAAAAAAAACAUGUGAAUUGAGAAAUAUGCACAAAAAAAAUUUAUAAAAAAAAUUGAGAAAGCCACUUUAUUCGAAAAAUUAACGAAAUAUACAUAAUAUGCCUUCUUAAUUUAAAAGUUUUGUAUUUGUAUACAGAACGCAGUUUACAUUAUACCUUUUUAACAUAGAUACAAAUUCGGGCGCAGUUUACGUAUGCACAACACAUAUUAUAAUCUAUUCUCUGAUAUAGUUCCCCUUAAACCUUUGAGACACUGUGGUACUAUGGUGAAACUACCUAUUUUUUUUUUUUUUUAUGUUUUAUGAUCGCUUAAUUUUAAUAUUGUCCAAAAAAACAGAACGUGUGUCCCAAAGGAUUAAAUACGUUUUCAUACGGUUCAGUAUAAAAAAUAACCUUUCAAGAGUGAAAGAACAAAGUAACUGGAAACGUAAUUAACACUUGAAUCGUAAAAUAGUAUUUAUAUAUAUAUAUAUAUAUAUAUAUAUGUAUAUAAUAUGUAUAAAAAAACACGGAACGCAAGAGAGGUUUAUAGUCCCUUUAGCCCCUCCCCCCUUGACUACGCGUCUGGUAAUAGUAUAGUAAAUGAUAACAUGCAUACAUUUAUUGAAGUAUGGGGCGUUUUCGGCAAAAUAUGAAAUACAUGUUUAAAAAUUGCUGUUUCUGCUGAUGGGUGUGCCACAGUUUAAGGUGAGUAGUUGGACAGGUAAAAAAACAUAAAUUUAUUAAUUUAUAUCUGUCAGCAGCGAUAAACCAUUGGUAAUUAAAAACGAUUCUGAGCAAAGUUCGGUUAAUCAUGUUUUAAAAUACCGUAAUUUCUGCGUCGACAUCUGAACUAAAACGUUUAAGUAUAAAAAAAAAAUUUAAAAACACAUUACGAAAAAGGUCCCUUGUCAUAUUUUGAUUAAAGCAAGAUUUCUGGCAGAAAAGUCGUUUACAAACGCAACAAAUAUUGGAAUAAAUACAGAUCAUCGUAAAACCAACAGAUUUCACGCUCCGCUCAGAACGUGAAAUAAUAAAAGAAAGUACUAACCACAAUCACGCACGAAGCCCUUACCGCAAAUGUGUGUGUAUGAAAGGGACUCCUUGAAUGCGUGAAAAGCGCCACACGUUUAUGUGCAUGCAUGUUGUCAUUUGUUAUAUUGGUAUAUUCAAUUUCGAUGUUAUCACGAUACAUUCGCGCGAAAAUAUUUUUAUUAACAUUUUCCAUUAUUAUUUACUUUUUGUUUGUUUUAUAAUCGUGGUGUUUAAACUUUUUUUUUUUUAUUAUUUUAACAUGACAUUGUCUUGAAGAUAUUAUCGUUAAAAAGAUUCAUUAAAAAAAUAUACGUUUAUAUUAUUAUGUGCAUAAAUAUAUAUAUAUACACACCGAGUCUGGUCAUCAAUUAACGUUGUUUUAAAAAUAAUUACUUUCUUCGUCGAAACAAUAAUAAAUCAGUCGACAGGAAACCGAUUACGUUCACGAACGCAUAGGUAUUUCAAUGCUGCUUUAAACGCGUAAUGCUUUUAUACAAAAAUCUUGUAAAGUAUUUGAGUAAAAAUAUUUGAGUUAUUGUAUUUAAAUGUUUGUGUAUGGUAUUCAAAACACGUGUUACAAUAUUUUUUUGAAAUAAUGAUUUGGAUAAGGUUUUAAAUACUAUCCGAAAUGACUUUUCUUGCAUAAAUUCAAAUAAAUUUGAAUUAAUAUACUUAGGUAUAAAUAGUUUGUUCUACUAGACACUUACCUACCAUAUAAGACAUAGUCACAAUUCGCGUAUUAUCAUAUAUAUUUAAAUAGAUUGGUUUACAUUUUGUUGAUGAUAAGUCAGGCUCGGAACUUAUGGCACUUAAAAUCCCGCCAAAAAACACUUAAAAAUUUCAAAAAGGCACUUAAAAAAUAUUUAAUAAAUCAAAAAUGGUAGAAGGGUUUAAAUAUUUCCCCUCUAAAAGAUUUAACUUAUCUAACACAACAAAACUAAAGUUGACCUAAAGUUAAUUUAUUUUUAAAUACGUACAAUUUUAUUUAAACAAAAUAAUUUUUUGUGAAUAAUUUGUAUCGUGUUAGAAAAUUAUAUAUAAUAAUUUACAGUCGUUAGACAAGGAACAUUUAAAACCUUCUACCAUUUGGUCUAAUAAUAUUUGUUUAAAGUGCAUUUUUUCAAGGCUUUUCUUAACGUUUUUUGUGAAUUUCAAGUGCAAUUAGUCCCGAGCCUUAAUGUUAAGUAAUACUUAUUAAUUAGAUAAUAAUUUUGGAUUAUAUUAUCAUUAUAGUAAUAGUAACUAAAAAUAUAACCGUCAUUAGAGGCCGUAAAUGAAAAAAAAUUAUAGUAUAUAAAGUAAAAUAUACUUAAUAAUAUUUCAAUGGUAAAUAAAAUGUGUGAAUGAGUGAAGGGCCCGGUAAUUAAUAUAGUAGGUAUUUAAAAAUGAAAUGUUUGUAAGUAAUAUUGAUUAUAUUAUCAAUGAUACAUAUGAUACAUUUAAUCAGCUAUAGUACAUUAUAUAUAUAUUACAGUUAUUAAAAAAAAACAUUUGUACUUAAAUUCUACAGUUACAUAUAUUUGUUUCCAACUAAUUUUUUUUUUUUUAUGUAUUUGGAAAUUAUUUUAAGUACUUUUGACGAAACUAUAUUUGUAUCUUUAUUUAAAUCUAUAUAUAUAUAUAUAUAUUAUUAUAGAUGAAAAUGAGAAUCUUGAAUUCGAAUUAUCUCUGGAACUACUCAUUCAACCGCCGUGUGAUUUUUUUUUAAACUAUAGAUUAUAUCGCGGAGGAGUUUUUAAGCCUAUCAAGUUAAUAAACAAUCGAAUCGUCGAUUUUUAAAAUAACCGGCAAAUAGCUACAUUAAAGCUGUCAAUAAUGAUAAGUCUUUAACGCUGUUUAAAUGGGUACCUAAUCCGAAAAAAAUACUAUCGCGCACGUUUAUUAUACUGAGCGAAACCUUUUUUAUUGUCAAAACCGAACGGAACAGCUAUAAUACAGUAUAGGUAAAAGCAUCUCUUGACAAGACUGUUUUUAUCUCGAUAUUACUACGAAAUCAUUAUACGUUAUUUUAUGCGAACGAUCGAGUACCAUAAUAUAAUAUAAAUUUAAUUUUAUUACGAGUUCCGUAUUAUAACAGUUUUUUCCAGUCUCGCCUACAUUUCUAUAGGCGCUGUAUUUAUAUAGAAAUUCUUUCUUCACAAUACACUUAGAUUGUUUAUAGUUAUAAUUUAUUUAUAUUGUCACAAUGAUAACACAUAACUAUUACGAUUAUGUAAAAUUGUUGUUUUUAAUCAUUACUACUAUUACUUACAAAAAAAAAAAAGUAUUAUGUUAUACAAUACGAUUUUUAUAAAGUGAUAAAAUACAGGGACAAACUGAUAAACUGUAUUUAUGUUACUUUUUAUCACAUAUAUCACUGAUGAGGUAAUACUGAUGAAAUCUAUAGUAUUAUACAUCUCAUUAAUUAAUUUUUAGGCGUUUUUUAUACGGUUAUACGUUUUUUUUUUUUUAAAUUAUAAACCCAUGACGUUGUAGAAAAUCUAUUUGUGUGGUCUCGAAUGAAAAUAAACUACUAUAUGUGCCUACAUAUUAAAAGACCGAUAAAAAUUGAUACAGGUUUCUGUGAAUUGCUGUAUAGCUACGUGAUCAAUAAAACCAAUUUCAGUCGAAAUGUCCGUUAAAAUAAUAUUUCGUUACGCCUGUGAACAAAAAUAAUGCGUGAAAAACAUUAUUUUUGGAAUUGUAUAUCUACUAAGGAAAUGGGAAAUAUCUUAAUCGUUUACUUAAUUCGAACGGUGCAAAUUAAAUGUUAAAUGUUCAUAAACAAUAAACAAUACUCUAAAUUAUUAAUGUUAUUCGUAAUAAACUAACAAAUCAUUAUUAUACUAUCAUUAAGACGAUUAAUAUUGUACACAAAUAUAUUUAAUCAUUUUAUAGAGAAGACUAAUAAAAAUACUUUCGCUGACAACUAAUUUUGACAUAUUCAAUAUGCACAGAAUAGGUAUAUUUUUUUUGUAAUCGACAAAAAUAUAAUUUAAAAUCUAACAAAAUAUUAUCUAUUUAGAUAGAUGAAUUAAUUUUUUAAAAGCCGGACGUAAUUCGCACCAUGGGUAGGAUAUAAGGUAAAAUAAUUGUUUAUUUACUGAAAACAACGAUGAAUCAUUGCGAUCAAAAACCGAUUGUAAGCGGAUUAUUAUAUUAGGUAGUCGAGUUUUUUCACUUGUUAGGCUACUAGGUAACCCACGAAUCGAAAGAACUAAAACUAAUGUAUCGACGUUUGUGGUUAAUUUAUUUAAAUUGUAUGGAAAAAUUAUUAGGAGUCUAUAAAUAUUAAAAAUACGGACAUUCUUCGCACGUGGGUGGGCUAAUGUUGUAGGUAAGAUGUUGGGAAGGUAGAGGGGAAAUUUAAUGUAUAACUGUACGCAAAAAUUAACCAUUGCUAACGAAAAACGAUUCUAAACGAAAUUCAGUUAAUAGUAUGGCUUUGUCAACGAUAUGUAUGCCAUAUUAUAUGGUAAAAUAAUUACAUAUGUAUUAUAUAUUUUCUUAAAUAAUAUUUGUUUAAAACUGUACCUGUUUUAUCGUUUUCUCAGUUUUUCCCAUUUAUUAUGGAAACAGCUGGAAAAAUCAAAAAAAAUUACCUUUUUGAAAUACUACCUCACUGCCCCCAGUCAGAUUUCCUAUCAGAAAAAAUAUUACAUUUGAAAAUCGGAGCAAAAUUGUCCACAGAAAAAUAAAUAAUGAUGUUUAUUUCUUUGAAAAACCAAUAAAUUUCUCGCUCCACUCAGAAUCUAAAAUAAAAAUGUAAAAAUGAUCAAAUAGUUUUUGUUUGUUACAGGUGUUAUUAAUAGAGGCAGGAAUCGAUGAACCGUCAUUGUCUGACAUACCGCUGCUAUAUCCAUCCCUGCAACGUACUUCCGUCGAUUGGCAAUACAAAACGGAACCUAGCCAAUCAUCGUGUUUAGGUUUCAAUGGCAACCAAUCCAAUUGGCCCCGAGGCAAAGUCAUCGGGGGCAGCAGCGUUCUGAACGCCAUGUUCUACGUCCGGGGCAACAGAAAGGACUACGACGCGUGGUACGAAGCGGGUAACGAGGGUUGGAGUUAUCGGGACGUGUUACCGUAUUUUAUCAAAUCUCAAGACAUCCGGAUACCGGAACUUAUGGAAUCCAAGUAUCACGGUCGGGGCGGCUAUUUGACCGUAGAACAUUUCCGGUCACGCUCGCCCAUCGUGAAGAACUUCCUGGAAGCGGCUAAGGAAAUCGGUUACGACGAGGUCGACAUAAACGGUGAAAGACAAACGGGCUUUACCCUAUCACAAGGUAACUGCGCGUAUAAUUUCGUAUAGUGUCUAUACUGUUAUGUUGGUAAACUCGAAUUUAUAGGAACUUUGCGGGACGGGCUGAGGUGCAGUACGGCCAAAGCGUUCUUGAGACCGAUCAAAGACCGACCGAAUCUUCACAUCAGUUUGCAGACGCACGCUUUGAAAAUCGUUUUCGAAAACGGUCGGGCUACGGGCGUGCUGAUAUCAAAACUGGGAAGGAUACCCACUUUGGUCAGGGCGGAGAAAGAGGUGGUGCUAUCGGCCGGAGCUAUUAAUUCGCCGCAUUUGUUAAUGUUGUCCGGAAUCGGGCCCGCCGACAAAAUGUGGAAAGCCGGCAUCAAAAUUGUCAAACACGUGCCGGGCGUAGGAAAAAACUUACAAGAUCACAUCGCGAUGGGCGGAGUCACAUACUUGUUCGAUUCGCCCGACGAAUCCAGUCCUCUCGGGCUGGGAAUCGUUAUACCGCGAGUGUUGACGUUGAAUUCGUUUAUUCAGUUUUUCCGCGAUAAAAACGGACCGUUCUACAGGAUACCCCUCGGUGAAGCCAUGGGUUUCGUGAACACGUAGUGAGUUGUUUAUUUGAAAAAAAAAAAAAAUUGUAUGAUGGCGACUACUUUUUUUUCCCCAGCUAUAACAAGGAUCCCGACUGGCCCGAUAUUCAACUGUUUAUGGCCACGGCCGGUGAUAACGACGACGGUGGUCUGUUGAACAAGAGGGACGUCGGGAUAACCGAUGAAUACUACGAUCAGGUGUUCGAGCCCAUUCUCUAUCAGGAUGCCUUCACGGUGGCGCCCCUGCUCCUGAGACCAUACAGCCGGGGUUACAUAGAAAUCACCAGCGCCAACCCUUACACCGCCCCGAAGAUCGUGCCGAACUACUUGAGCGACCCGCGGGACGUCAAGGUUAUCGUGGAAGGCGCAAAAAUAGGUUACUCCAUCAGUCAGACGGCGGCCAUGGGCAGGAUCAACACCACCAUCCACAACAUCCCCACGCCGGGCUGCGAACGGCACCGGUUCCUGUCCGACGACUACUGGGAAUGUCAGGCCCGGCACUACACGAUGACCAUCUACCAUCCUGUGGGCACGUGCAAAAUGGGUCCCAAAAGCGACGAGUUCGCGGUGGUGGACGAGAGGCUCAGGGUGAGGGCCGUAAGGGGCUUGCGGGUGGUCGACGCGUCCGUAAUGCCCACGAUUGUCAACGGAAACACAAACGCCCCGACGAUUAUGAUCGCGGAAAAGGCUUCCGACAUGAUCAAACAGGACUGGGCGGGCCAUACGAAAACUCCCGGAAAGACAUGCAACGUUAAGAAGACGGUCAGCAGGUGGUGGUAAUAUUAACUACAACGAUGAUAAUAUGAUAUGGGCAGCCAGGGUGUGGAUAAUUUUGAAAAAUAUAAUUUUACCCGACCAGGAAAUAUUGUACGUAAUGUUUUGUUUUUUUUUUUUAUUUUACUGUAAACUUUGACUGUGUACUGUUCAAAAUAAACGUAUGGUUUUCGAUUCGUUUCGGUCUG